AUGCCUCACUACAUCGGCUGGACCUCCUUUACCUGCGGGCAUGAGACCUCGGUGAAGGUAUCCACGAUUCAGCAAAUAAAGGAACACUACAACCGCGAGUACCUAUCAUACCAACUUGUGGACACAAGCGGCCGCGAAUAUCAUGCCAGUGCACCUAGACCCUGCAAGAGUUGCUGCCAGAAGCAACAAGGCCAACAGCAGCCGCCUGUGGCCGCAGGGUACGAAAACUUCGCGCACAAGUGGCGGACCGAAUGGGCACCGAAGAUUGCCUCAGUCGAACCCAACGAGGCGGAGAAUCCACCCCUCAAGAAUCUGCUCCAUCACAUCUGCCCUCAUCUGAGGUCGGUGAAUAAUCUCAGGGAGGAGGUCCUCCUGCGACGGGUCAAUAGCCAGCUCAAGCUGGAAGGGGUCAACAUCUCCGAGGAAAUCACUCCGAGCGAUGUCGACCAGGAGACGCGGCAGCGGGUCACGCGCGUAGUCGAGGACCAGCUUCAUAUGCACCGCAACGCCAAGCUCAAGGAGUCGUCUACCGCAUUGCGGGACUCUUCGGUCUUGCAAAAGGCUCAAGUGGCGAGCGCACGUUCAGUCAAGGUGGUCCAGAUGUUGUCGUCGAAACGCGACAGCGUGGCCUGUUGA